AUGAGUGGAAGAAUUCGGAUUCGAAUUGGAACGGCGAAGAAGCUUAUUGCUAAGCGUCUCGCUCACACGCUACCAACCAAAAAUGAGAUCAAGUCAUUCAACAUCGAUGAGAUCGUCACACUUCUGGAGGAUCUGGCCGGAGACGUCGAAAGUCUCACCAAGCAAGUGGUGACGUUGGAGCGGUGUGAGCAGGAAUGGAGGCACCUCGAACAACUCAACCCGGACGAGGUCGCGGAACGGGAACGGUACGUAGCGAAAUACCAGGAUUUCGUGCCGUUCAUAGCCGAAGGACGGCAAAGAGUGGUCCUCAUCAAGGAACUCUACACGGUCGGUCACGAACGACUAACGGAAAUGGACAAGCGGGAAGCGGAACAGCACCUCACAGUUGAGGAACUAGCUGUACAGUUGGAAGACGACAUGCAGAGCGGCAUCCACAAGGAAGUCCGACAGGAGCAAGGAGACAAGCAGGACGGUAAAAGACUUGUCACCCCAGCCCGACAGGAUUCAAUGGAUACGAAUUCAACGGAACGGAACACCGGAGGAGCAGUGACUGACCCCAGAAGCAACAGGGCAGCACCAACGAGUCUCCCGGUGAACGAAGGAAGCGGAUUGACGGAUCUUCCGAGGACUGGAAGCGUCGGUCCACCUGUGCAGACAAUCGUCGCUCCACCAGUGCCUGUACAUUCUAUCGGUUAUGCGGUACCAAUGACCGUCGGACACAUUCAACUGCCUCAGAUGGCACUACCAGAGUUCAGUGGAGACAUUCUGGCGUAUCCAGCAUUUCGAGAAGCUUUCGAAUCGAUCAUGGGAAGCUUGGUAGUCGACGACCUCACGAAGUUGCACUACCUCAAGUCAGUGGUCAAAGGAGAACCUUCGAAGCUCAUUGCCCACAUUCGGACAACUCAGGCCAACUACCAACUGGCCAUCAACGCCUUGGAUCGGCAGUACGGAGGACGUUUGAGAGUGAAGCAAGUCUUGAUGCAACAACUGCGAGACCUCCCGGACAUCUGCCACAGCAGCGAGGCAGAAGUACUUCAAAGCUUCGUCAUUCAAGCAACGUCCGUGUUUGAAUUGAUGAUUUCGGCACAGUGCGAUGUUGACAAUUCGGUCACAGCCAGUCUCAUCGAAUGCAAACUACCGAAGAGAAUCAUCGCGAAGAUCUACGGAACUGCGAACAGCGACAACCCGUUUUCGGCUGGCCCACUACUGGAGCGAUUACGGGACAUCGCCACCGGAGAGAUGUUGGUGGACUCCAUCUACAACAACAGGCGAGGGGACAGACAUCGCAACACUACGACAACCAUGGCCGCGGUACAUCAUCAACACAACAACAAGCGGCAUGGACAACCACAAGGACAUCGCAACAGUGGAGAGACACAUCAGCAGCGGAAUCGGGUGGACAAGCCAUGUGCGUUUUGUGUGGAGGAUCGGAUGAUGCAUCAACCAAAAGAUUGUCGGAAGUACCCAACAGCUGAUGUGCGCAAGGAACGAGCAAAAGAGCUGCGUUUGUGCUUCAACUGUUUGAGUUCUAGUCAUUCGGCGAAGCACUGUCAAGGAAGAUGCCAAGCGUGCCAGGGAAGACAUCACGAAGCAAUGUGCUUCCAUCGGGAGAAUAGCCAGCGACAGGGAGGAUUUGGUUCGAGUCCAGGAGGAUUCGCGGGCGGUCCACCAGGAGGAGUCGUUGGAAAUCAUCAAGGAGGAUUCGGUGGAUCGAGUGGCUACCAAAGAGCAGGAGCGCCACAACAACAGCAACACGGACAGUUCAGCCAAGGAUCACCUGCGGGACAUCAGAACCAGGCGAUCACGCGCUACCAAGGACGACGACAAUUUGGCCAGAGAGACCGACCAAGAAACUAUGGAACACGAGUGCAGACUCAUUUGUCGGAGGCAGUCGAGUUGGAACCGGAUGAAGUCACUCACUCGACUCCAGCGGAUACGGAGGUGACGGAACCAGAAGGGGAUCUUCCCAGUCAACAAACUCAUGAAGCCUCAGCGGAUGAUACGGAAGACCCUGCCCGGGAAGACGGGCCAGAAGCAAGGCAGAUAAAGCCAAGUCCGAUCAAGUCACUACCAGUGAUCAUGAUGGUCACGGAUCUACUCGUCAGCAACAAGGAUGGACAUCAUUGCAUCGGGACAACUUUCUUCGAUUCGGGAUCAAACACCAGCUACGUCACGACUACGUUCGUCAAGAAAUUGGGAUUGAGUUCGAUUGGAUCGAGACGACUGAAGUUGAGCACCUUUGCCCACAAAGGUACUCAGUACAUCGAGGCUGAAGUCUACCGAGUCGGCAUCAGAACCAAGGCGGGAACGGUCUACGCGGAACUCUGCGCCAUCGAACACAUUGCGAGCAACAUCGUCAGUGCAGCAGUGGCCCAAGAGGAAGUGGAGAAGCUUUUGAAGCAGCAGUUCGUCACUCUACAUCGGGAGAACAAGGACGUCGACAUCAUGAUUGGAUUGGACUGCUACCUUCAAAUCCUGGGUCAAGUCAACACACUGCGUCUGUCUAAUGGUCUUCAGCUCAACCUCACGGAUUGCGGACCAAUUGUGUCAGGAAAGGAGCAAUGUUUGGCAAUUGACGCAAACGUUUUCAUGUCAACUACACAAGAAUCGGGAGACAAGGAGUUGUGCGACGCGCUCAAACAGUUUUGGACUCUGGAAGCCAUUGGAAUUCUGGACGUCAACUCACGGACGAAGGCAGAGGAGGAAGCGAACGAGUUCUUUCAAGAGACUACGUAUCGUCGGGAGGAUGGAAGAUUCGUGGUUCGACUACCUUACUGCGACAAGGAUGGCAUCAACGACAACCGGAAACUGGCGUGGCAUCGACUCAUCGGAACCAUCAAGCGAUUGGAGAAGGAUCCGGAACUGUUGAAGAAGUAUGGAGCAAUCAUUGCCGAGCAGAUCGGAUUGGACUUCUUGGAGCGGGUCGAAGACGAAGGACACACGGACGGCGUUAUCGUACACUAUCUGGCACACCACCCCGUUAUCAAGAUGAGUUCCAAAUCAACGAAAAUCAGGAUGGUAUUCGAUGGCUCAGCUGUGUUCUUCAAAACCGAACGCUCACUCAACGAUCAUCUGCACACUGGAGAAAGCCUUCUACCGCAGAUUCAAGGUGUCAUGCUCAGAAUUCGUGUCAGGAAGAUCUUGCUCUCCGCGGACAUCCAGAAGGCAUUUUUGCAAAUGGAACUUCACGUGGAAGAUCGGGAUGCAACUCGCUUUCUGUGGAAAGAUCUGGAGUCUGGCAAGAUCGUGUGCUACCGAUUCAAACGGGUACCGUUUGGAUUAAAGUCGUCACCGUACCUUCUAAACCAGUGCCUCAAGACGCUGUUGUCAAGUCAAGAUCAGCCUAUCGCAAGGGACAUGGCCAGGAAUCUGUACGUCGAUAAUGUCUAUAUUGGAGUGGACAGCAUCGAAGAAGCUAAGGAGGCCUACCAUCAGUCGAAGGAGAUCUUGAAGCAAGCUCAGAUGAAUCUGUGCCAGUACGUGAGCAAUUGCACGGAAUCCAACCAGUUCUUUGCCGAGCAUGAACACGCGGAACCGGAAUCUGUGAUGCAGAAACUUCUGGGAGUGUCAUGGGACACAAGCACGGAUGAGUUCAUCUUCUCGUUUCCUUCCGUGGCUGCAGAACUGAUGACCAAGAGGAAGACACUGAAGAUCGUGGCGGGGAUCUACGAUCCUCAAGGAUUUCUCACCCCAACGACUUUGGCGGGAAAGCUGUUUUUUUCCAACAACUUCAUGGAUCGAAUUGGGAUGAACCGUUGUCAGGAGAGCAACAUCGACAGUGGCAGACGAUCAUGA